CGACAAGUGCAUAGGAAGUCAACAAUGGACAGACGGGAGAGCUCCGUCGGACAGCAAAGACGUGUCAUGGAAUUCUCCAUUCCUGAUCGGCCCCUGUCAGGGCAUCGACCGGCCGCAUAUGACCCGUCGUUGUACAGUCAUCUUACACCGCACGAGCAGUCGUUGCCGCCGGAUCCGGAGGACGCCUGGGUUGAGGAUUUGUCCAACACACUUCCUUUGGGGAGUGGAUCUACGCAGGACUGGACGAGCAGGCAGUGCCAGCAGAGGGAAGCAGGGAACAGGCGUGAGUCGUUCUCCGCAUUAUUGAACGAAGGUGUCGACAACGCCUCCACGGAGCUUGUCGACUUGGAUUUCGGAUUGUCCAGCGAGAGUGGUGCAAGUGGUCCGACCCACGGCGGGGGCACGACUGUCGGACAAACGGCCGUGGGCGUGGUGGGAGCGCCAACGUUCGGAGGAAGAUCGUCCCGUGUUGGUGGGCCAACGGAUGGGUGUCGUCCACCGCCCUCCAGUUCCGUAGGCGCCGGGCCACCUGGCGAGUCGUCAAGGGCAGCGACACCCACCCUCCCCGCAGUAUCUUCGCCUGCAAUGUGGCAGAGGGCGACCGCAAGUGCUGCAAUCAAUGAUGCGACUCCACCGGAAGAGAUCGGGAGGCAGGCGUGGGACAACUGCCGCCAACAGAUGCGGUGUGCUGGCGGGGACAACAUCACCACCAGUGUGUCCAGGCUGCGUGGGGGGAGCGACGUGGAUGCAGACGACAGCUGUCGGGCGAGUGGGGACGAGUCUCCGGAUUCCCGUUACGAAGACGACGCGGAAGAUGCUGACGGGCUGGAGAUCCGACCCGUGGCUGCACGUGGUGGGCGGAGGGGAGGAGGCGGACGUCAACAGAGGGCCGCUUCGCGUGGUGGUCGAGGAUCGAAGGCUCCUGUGGGCGACAAGGGCGGCAAGCACCCAGCUUGGAGUGUCGAGGAGAUGCUGAAGCUCACUCGAGCGAAGCGGGAUCAGCAAGCUCAUUUCGAGGGAAUGCCGCACAACUACGGUCGCAUGCGCAACAGGGAGUGGAAGCUACUGGACCUGCAGAAGCGGCUGGCAGAGGUGGGAGUCAACAGGACAACGGACAACAUCGGCAAGAAGUGGGAUAACGUCUUCCAACAGUACAAGAAGGUGCAGUGUUACCAAAACAUGUCCGGGGGGAAGAACUUCUUCAUAUUGACUCCUGCAAUGAGAACGGAGGAGGGCUUCAACUUCCGAAUGGAUAAGCGAGUGUUCAAUGAGAUCGACAACAUGUCGCAAAAUAACAAGACCAUCUACCCGGACAACAUCGCAGACACGAGCGCCCGCGGAGGAGUGGCGCCAGUAAUGGAUGGUCAGUGCCAGGCGCCCGUUGGUGGAGAGUCCGCUGUCGGUGGAGAGGGGGGUGAUGGCGUCGAUGAAGAUGGGGGUUCGACCCGGGAGUCGGGGUUCAGUGCAGGGAGCACGGGCGCUCCAGGAAAGAGUAAAAACAUGCGCCAGCAAAGCUUCGACGCCAUCGCCGAAGUGAUGGAGAAACACGGUGCAUUGAUGGCGGACAUUGUAGAGGGUACGAGCAAGCGGCAGUGUAACAUCCUGGAGCGGCAGUGUGACAUACUAGACCGGGAGGUUGACACCCGUGCCGGCCUAACAGGAAGGGGGCAUGUCCCGAGGUCGACGAAGCUCUGCACGGGAGACGGGUCGGAAGGCGAGAUGGGGGGUAAGGGGGGAGAGGGCGUGACGCUUAUGGAUAUCACUUCGGCAGGGACGCCUACGCUUGGGUUCGGGCGAGAAAGUGUGAGCAGGGAGCGUCUGCUUGCGCUCACCAUCCUUGGCGUCCUGACGUCCACGCGCGCCGGCGGUGGCGGGACGGCGUGUCCGCAAGUGGUUGUGAUCGGUGACAUUCCGCCGCAGAGGGCCAUGGGUUCUACAUCUACCAUCGCAUCCAUGGUGGAGCGCGCUGAUAAAGGUCCAGUCAGUGAGUCUCCAUCGCGCCACGUGGAGGCGUUGAACAUGACGAUCGUGGGCGCUUCGUCGAGGGCUGUCCUUCAAUCCGCACAAGCAGCAAGCGUCGUUGUCCAUGCCCCCAUCGCCACUGCAAGAGAAAAGCGAGAAGAUCGGAGGUCGUUUUCAAGGUCCGAUGGUUUCGCCCGCGCGGAGUCCUACGUCGCCGUGGAUUACCCCACCGACCUGGCGAGAGCAGUCUGGCAGAGCUUGGAGUGGUCGAGGAUAGUGCCGCCCAGCGUAGUUUACCACACGGUCGCUUUGAAGAUGGACAUCCCAUUGUGGUUUGCCGGGGCGUAUAUCGAGGACAGGCCGGAGGAUGAUGACAUGGCCGCGCACCAGGAGGCGACUGUGAUGCAUCUAGCGUCGUGUUUGCACAAUGCGAUCUGCGCCGGCCAGUGGUGGGACGACGGUAGAUUGUCCCACCACAGACUGAGUAGAAUCGGGGAUGCUUUCCGCCUGCUUCUCGCCGCGUGCAUGUGGAUCAUGCGUAUGGGAGGCAAUGAUGCGCGCUCCUACGAGGAGGCGUCGUACUACUCGCAGCUAGUGGCGAAGCCGACUCUAGUGGCGACCUGUUCAUUGUCCUUCAACUGGCGCCGCCAUGUGAUGCACUCGACUAACGCGGUGUUAAGUCGCCUACGGAAGCCACCGUUGACGCUGGUCGCUUUCCCUGACUACAUCCCGGAGUGGGCUUCGUGCGGAGUGCGGUUCAACUACAACGCUGGCCUGGCGGAUCCGACGUCGCGGCGAGAAUGGAGUGGAUGGGGACGGGACCUUUUGAAGGCGAUCGGAAGGAGGACGGUCCACAAGACGAAACAAGGAUAAUGGAGUGCAUGAUGGGCGAGGCGAAAGGAGCCUGGGGUUGGUUCGGUUGGAGGUUUUGCGCUCGCGAGCAGGA